GUACAGAGGAACAGAACCAUCUGAUCACGAACACAAAAUGGAGGCCUGGAAAGUUUGUCUGCUGGUGGUAGCUCUGGUGCUGUCUGUUGGUGAAUGCAAGAAGAGCUCCAGGAAAUACAAGACGAACUCGAGGAGUUUGAAGGAUGCCAGCAUCUACAAGAGGCAAACUUCUUGCGGAGCUAAUGAGUUCCAAUGUAACAACGGUGUCUGCAUCCAGCUAGAUUGGCAAUGCGACGUGGACAGAGAUUGUAGUGACGGCUCAGAUGAACUCAACUGUCCCACCGACUGUACAGGCGAACACCAACUCAAGUGCAACAACGGCAAAUGUAUCACCAGGGAAUACUUGUGUGAUGGUGACAACGACUGUGGUGACAUGACUGAUGAGACAGAUUGCCACAAGGUUGAGUGCACAUCCGGUGAGAUCCACUGUGACAACUUCCUGUGUAUCGAGAGCACGUGGCUGUGUGAUGGCGACAACGACUGUGGCGACAACUGGGACGAGAGGAACUGCACCGGCUCCUGCUCCUCGACUCAGUUCAAAUGUGCUGACGGCUCCAAGUGUAUCGACGCCAGAUGGGAGUGUGACGGAGACAGAGAUUGUGCUGACUCCAGUGACGAGCUCAACUGCGUGUGUGACGAGAACACCCAGUUUAAAUGCGCCAACGGCCCAUGUAUCCCAAUCAACUGGAAAUGCGACAAGGACAACGAUUGUGGUGACGCCUCUGAUGAGCUUGGAUGCCCCACCCUCCACCCCAGUCUGUGUAGCGACAUGCUCACCGUCCGCGACUGUGCUCUGAUGAACGAAACAGCUCACCCCAUCUGUUUGGACGCUGUGGAUGGACACAAAUACUGCAGGAAGUUCUGUAACCUGUGCAUGAUCGACCCAAACAUCACUCACCCAUAAGUGCCAGACCCCCAUCAAGUGUGUCUUCAUUUUACUUUCCAAAUUGUGUCUUCAUUAUAAUUCCCAAAAUGUGUCUUCAUUAUAAUUCCCAUACCUGACGUCAGAAAAUUUAAUCGAAUGCUGGCUUGGAGUACACGCAAGAUGAAUCCAACCUUCAUGAAUUUUUAUUUGUUCCAACCUUCAUGAAUUUUUAUUUGUUAAUAAAGUAUGCAUGCAAUCUUUUAUUUCUUUUAUAUAGAUCAUAAUAAAUAGCGCUGAAAAAUG